AUGGAGAUAGAAAGUAGGGUAAUAUCGAUAGAGACUAUCACACCAUCUUCUUCAACUCCAAAAUCUCUUCAAAAAUACCAAUUCUCAUUUUUUGAUCAAAUAGCGAUUCCAUCAUUGGUUCACGUGGUCUACUUGUACCCAUCGAAUCCCAAAAUUUCCAAUUCCGAAAAAUCAAAGCAACUAAAGAAAUCCCUAUCAGAGGUCCUCACCAUAUACUACCCCCUCGCCGGCCGCAUCGGCGGAAAUCUCUACGUCGACUGCAACGACGCUGGAAUACCCUUCUCCGAGGCCGAAGCCGACUGCGACCUCUCGGAAGUCAUCACCACCCGAAACCCUAUAAAUUUGAAGAAGAAGUUUCUACCUUUGACAACGGAUAAUGAUCUUUGCCUGGCCGUUCAAGCCACCUAUCUCCGCUGCGGCGGCCUCGCCGUGGGGAUCAGCAUCACACACAAGAUCGCCGACGGGAUAUCUAUUAUCUUGUUCGUCAACACCUGGUCCGCCCUAGCGAGAGACGCGCCGGCGUCGCUGGUGAAGUUGGACUCGGCCACCUAUGCUCCGCCGCUGGACAUUAUUCUCGAGUCCCCUUGUGCAAGACUAUUGGACGAAGAGGUGACCGCCAGUAACUUGUUGUUCUCGGCGCCAGAGAUCGCUGCUCUCCAGGAAAGGUACACCGCGGGGGGAGGGCGUCGUCCGAGCCGGGUCGAGGCACUAACGGCUUUUAUAUGGACCUCCUACGUGUCGGCAGUCGGCAUUAGGGGUCACACCUGCAUAGUGUCCAAUGCGGUAAGCUUGAGGAGCCGGGCCGACCCGCCUCUGUCCGCCCACCAGUUCGGUAACUUUGUUGUUCCUUCCACGGUGGAGGCGGUGCCCGGGGACAGCGGCGUCCAGCUUAUACGGAAGAUGAGGGAAGCUUUGAAGGCGGUCGAUGCCGAGUUCGUGGCUGGGCUGAAGAAGAGGGAGAUGCAGUUGGAAGUGCUGAGCUCUGAAGCCAGCAGAGCUGCCGCGGUGGAUACAUUCUUCUUCUCGAGUCUGUGCAGGUUUCCUUAUUACGAAGCUGACUAUGGGUGGGGAACACCCGACCGGGUCAUCAGGUUUGGCAUGGCCGUCAAGAAUGCGGUCUAUUUUAUGGAUACAAAGAGUGGGGGUGGAAUUGAGGCACUCAUUAAGAUGACCAAACCAGAUAUGGACAAGCUUGAACCUCUUUUAAUGUUAAAGAGUGAGUUGCUGUAA